AUGUACAAUAAAGAGUCUACUGGCAGCUCGGUCCCCGUCCUUGACGCAGUUGCCCGCACAGCCCUGGAGGGCUCCAGCGUGCCUUCCACCGCGCCCUCCAGAGCCGGAGCUCGGUCCAGCUCGCCCUCCAGAGCCGGAGCUCGGUCCAGCUCGCCCUCCAGAGCCGGAGCUCGGUCCAGCUCGCCCUCCAGAGCCGGAGCUCGGUCCAGCUCGCCCUCCAGAGGCGGAGCUCGGUCCAGCUCGCCCUCCAGAGCCGGAGCUCCGUCCAGCUCGCCCUCCUGAGUUGGCUCCU